AUGAGGGCCACUCACAAGGAUCGGUCUAAAUAUUGCAGGUUCCACCAAGACUAUGGCCAUGAUACGGAGGAUUACCAUGACCUCCAGAAUCAAAUAGAGGGACUGAUCCGUAGAGGCCACCUCGGACGCUAUCUCAGGAAACCCCGGGAAGUGACUCCGCGGCCCAAGGAACCAGUCGAAAGACAAAUCGAUGUUAUCUUCGGGGGACUUGCGGUCGGCAGCAACAGCUCUGUGGCGAGAAAAGCCUACGCUCGUAGCACAGUCGAGAAGCGUCCCCGGCCUGAGCUCGAGCCUGAAAUCAUCUUCGGGGCCAGAGAAGUCAAGAGCUCCCAUCACGAUGAUGCGUUGGUGAUCUCCAUCCAGGUCGCCAACGCUCGAGUAAAAAGGGUGAUGGUCGACACUGAGAGCUCCGCCGAUGUUCUUUACUUCGAUGCCUUCAGAAGGCUCAGCAUGACCGAGGGAGACCUCAACCCCAUGGCAUCAGCACUCAUAGGAUUCAUGGGGGAUUCUAUAUCCCCGCUCGGGACUAUGGCCCUCCCUGUCACCAUUGGGGAGGAGCCGAGAGUGAAGACAAUGAUAACCACCUUUAUGGUGGUUAAUCUACCCUUGACUUAUAACAUCAUCCUCGGCCGACCGACGCUGAACAAGUCAAAGGCGGUGGUUUCCACCAUGGUCGGUGAGUCAGCAUGGCUAGGUCUGCAGGUCGAUGUUGGGAGCCUAUUGCGGGGUGAUCUGGAUGAUGAGAUAGCCGGGCCCUUGGGAAGGAGUGCUGUUGGCAUUGGUCGAGGUCGGGGCCGAUUAACAACUCCACACUGCCGGGUGGCUAGCGCUCCCGUGCCGAGUCCCUUGCCAUCAACGAGUGGUCGCCCUCCUGCAAAAUUAGCCUUUGUCGGGUAG